AUGCCAUCUUACCCAGGUUCUUGCUUUUGUCACAACAUCACCUACAACCUUUCUCUCUCUUCCCCGGACGAUGCUCGGACCUCCCUCUGCCACUGUGGCAGCUGCAAGAAAGCCUUCGGAACAAACUAUGGUCUAACUGCCAAGGUCCCCAAAGAUUCUCUCCACAUCACCUCCGGACAGCCCAAGGAAUAUGUGGGGGAUAACGGAUCGGGGAGUAUGAUUCAUCGCGAGUUUUGUGGGGAUUGCGGGAGCUUUAUCUGCGAGUAUGGGGAUGCUGUCAAGAAUGACUUUCGGUACAUUUGUGUAGGGUCCUUGGAUGACCCGGAGGUGUUGCCACCCAAGGGAGAGUUCUUCUGCCAGAGUCGGGUUGGGUGGAUGCCUGAGAUUCCGGAUGUCUUUCAUAAGAAACAGAUCAAAGAGUAA